GAAAGCCAGAGAGCUGCUCUUAUUGACUCGUGUUGCUGUUCCAUUUUGUUGAAAUAACUUUGGAAUGAUUUCAGCAGUGUAGGCAUCUCGAAACAGAACCCCCGUAAACACUGACUGUUUUCACAGUAUUUGCAUUCCCUUCGGAGUAUUGGCUGUGAGUUCGAGUGUUAUGGGUUCAGCAAGAUCCAAAGCUGACUCUCCAGUGCUGUCAGAUGUGCUGCCUUUUGGGUCAGACAUUGAACUGAAGCUUUGCCUAUUGUCUGGCCAAUGAGAAAGACCCCAUCUUGAAAGAGCUUAUGUCGAAAUGAGGCGGUUUGCCCUGGGUGAUUCGCUGUUGCAGAUAUCAAAACCAGCCCGCCUGAAUCUAACCAUUGGGGUAGUGCCUGAAAUGGGAUCGAGGGCCACAGCUCCUCUGCUGCUUUUCCUGGGGCUGCUGUUCAUUUUUGUCAAGACUACCCAAAAGAAAGCAACUUUUCCAGGUCCUUCUUUCUGUCUGGGUGUUGGACCUCUCAUCUCUUAUGGUCGAUUCUUGUGGAUGGGAAUUGGCAGAGCCAGCAACUACUACAAUGAAAAAUAUGGCGAGAUAGUGAGAGUGUGGAUCCAUGGUGAGGAAACCCUUAUUAUUAGCAGAUCCUCUGCUGUGAACCAUGUGAUGAGGAAAGGGCACUAUAUAUCCAGGUUCGGAAACAAACUGGCACUUAAGUGCAUUGGCAUGAACGAAAAUGGCAUAAUCUUCAACAAUAAUCCCUCCAUUUGGAAAAUGACGCGUCCAUAUUUUGCAAAAGCCUUGACUGGCCCAGGUCUUCAGAGGACUCUCGCUGUGAGCGUGGAAUCUACUCGUAAUCACUUGGAUAAAUUACUGAAGAGCACUACAACUACUAGCACUACAGCCUGUGUGGAUAUCCUGCUGUUCCUGAGAUCUAUCACACUAGACAUUUCCAACAGACUGUUUCUCAGAGUUCCACUGCAUGAGGGACAAAUUGUGUCUAAAAUUCAGAAGUAUUUCGACACAUGGCAAACCCUCUUGCUGAAGCCAGACAUUUUCUUCAAGUUCAAGUGGAUAUAUAAAAAAUAUGAAAAAGCUGCCCAGGAUCUACAAGAUGCAGUGGAAGAACUGCUGCUGAAGAAACAGCAGGAACUGCAAGAAGCUGAAAAACUGCAAGACAUCACUGACUUUGCGACUGACCUGAUUUUUGCACAGACACAUGGGAAACUGACUGCGGAGAAUGUGAGGCAGAGUCUGCUAGAAAUUCUAAUCGCAGGACCCGACACAAUGUCUGUCAGCAUCUUUUUUAUGCUAACGCUUAUUACACAACACCCUGAAGUGGAAAAGAAAAUAGUUGAAGAGAUUCAAGAAGUUACAGGUGAACGAGAGGUACAGAACAGUGACCUACAGCAACUGAAGACGGUGGAGAACUUUAUUAAUGAGAGUAUGAGGUACCAACCUGUGGUGGACUUCACUAUGCGCAAGGCCCUUAAAGAUGAUGAGAUCGAUGGCUACCCAGUUAAAAAAGGCACCAAUAUUAUCCUUAACCUGGGCCGUAUGCACAAAGAUGAAUUCUUUCUCAAGCCAAAUGAGUUCAACCUGGAAAACUUUGCACAAAAUGUUCCACAUCGCUACUUCCAGCCAUUUGGCUGUGGUCCUCGGUCUUGCGUGGGAAAAUAUACCGCCAUGGUGAUGAUGAAAGGUAUCUUGGUGACCAUGCUGAAGAGGUACAGAGUGCAUUCACAUAAUGGAACAACACUAGAAGAUCUCAAAAAUAAUCAUGACCUGUCCUACCUGCCCAGUGAAUCACAUUCACUUCCCCGAAUGAUUUUUAUCCCAAGGAAUCAAGCAGAGGCCUAAGGUCCUAAUUUCAAUGCAAGCAGCAUGCAUAAGGUUUCAUUAGCAUGGUGCAGAGUGACUGGAGGGAAAUCAUACAAAUUAAAUGUGCUGUCUUUUCAUAAAAGUUAAACCAAAGUGCUGGUUAGCAUUAGGAUUCAAAUCUUUGUGGUAAAAAGAUUUUUCUUCCUUCUUUACAUCCACUAGAAUUAUUGUUCUAGGGAUAGCCUUGAAAUAAAACACUCUAUUUGCAAUAAUGGAUUAUCAUUUUUAAGUUGUAGCUUCUGUUAACACCUUCAACCCUAUCCAGGACUCAUCCAGCCUACAGGGAGCAGCAACCUGGGAGUGGGUGAGAUGUAGGGAGGGCAAAAUCAGCACAAGUGACAAGCCAGAAAGCAUGACUGAUCAGCUUCGUUGAGAGAUCUCAGACCUCUCCAUGUUGUCUUUACAGCAGAAGGAAGAAGCAUAUUGGGAUGCAUUAGCAGUGCAAAGAUUCAGGGAGAAGGGAAGUGUGAUGAUGGAAUUAAAAAGGAUAUUAUAUUCAUAAUUCAGUUCAAUUUAUGUUUUUAAGGGUCAAUUCCUUAUUUCACCUGUCCUGCACAUAUUUUUACUACAUACGUACAAUAGCACUCAAUGUUAAGUUAAUAGAUGUAGAAAAGAAUACUGACAAAUGGAAACAAAAUUAGCAUGACUGAGGGGGAUACAGAGAGAAAAAAAACCUUCAAGAAGAGAAUGGUAAGAGAGAAAUGUAGCUGAUAGUAAAGAUAAAAGAGAAGAGCAUUGUUAAUUCUGUUUUGAAGGAGAGAGGGGCUAAGGUCUAUUCUAUAUUAAGGAAAGAAGGUGAAUUCUAUUCUCUGAGGGUAGGUUGUACUGUGCUGGGAUGCCAGAAACAUGUACCUCCCACAUCUGCAAGAAUGCUCCAUUGAGAGUAGAGGCAACCUCCCUGCGUGGUCAGACUUCAGGGCAGCUGGAGAUAGCGACAUCAGACUUUCUGUGCAUGGAAUAUUUCAAAAUGUUUGUAUUUUAAAGACUGAAACCUACUUAAGAAGGCUCCUUAUUUAGGAAAUAGCAGAAUAUUUUUUCAUAUUGCACAGAGAUGUCAUAAUCAUGAAUGGUAUAAUGUACUCUUUUACAGACUUUAUGGCUUUCUACCUGAUUUUACAUUUUGGGCCAGACAAAGUCUUAUUAAAAUGUUCAGUAUUCAGAACACUGUCAACAUCUUCUCCACUGGGACAGAACACCAAGUAUCCAUUUUGAUGAAGCCACAAUGAAGUUGUUGUUGUGGCUGGGCCUAUAAUGUUUUCUCUCAUAUUUUAAACAAACAUGGAAUCAAGGUGAAACAUUAUGAUUACUUACAAGUGAAACAGCAGUUCAAGGCACUACUAGCACUCUACUUUCCGCUGCCUAAUUGCCAAAUGGAAACCAAUCCUCUUCCAAACUGCAUAGCUCCUUUAGGACUGAAGCAAAGUGAAAAACCUGGGAGGAGGGGAUAUAGUUGUAGAUGGAAUGUAAUCCCAAAUAUUUAUUGAUGGUAUUGGCAAUUGGCAUUACUGAAAUGCCCAUCUGACUGAAAAUUUACCUUUUUCCCAAGUAUUGCUAACUAAGGUUUCCACGUUUUAGUUAUAAAUCCCAAUUGUAAAAGUGAAAACUAUCUCAAAACCAAAACUAAAACCAAUGAUUGGAUCUAACUUAUGAGAUGUCCUCAGAAUUUCUGUACACUUAAGAUGAAGACAACAAUUGCUGGGCACUGUAAUGAAUUCUUGGCUAGUUGUGUAAGAAAUGGAAAUCUCAAAUCUAUAGGACCUUCGGAUUAUAAUGUCUAGGUCGAUCAUUUUAAAAGGAAUCUUGAGGGUAAUUAGUGAUAAAGAGUUAUAUCGGCUUGGCCUCAUUUUGUGCUAUUCAUUUCAGCUCAUUCGAUUGAAAAUCGAGUUUGCAGACAUGAGUGUGUAUUAUUGUGUACACACAAGUGUGUAUAUAUAGCACUUUUCAUAACCUCAAAGUGUGCCCAAAGCUUCUUGCAGCCAAUAAAAAAUGUUAAAAUCAUGAUCACUAUUGCAAUACAAGAGGCACUAUCACUAACUUGUGCAAAGCAAGGGACCAAAAACAUUGAUGUAAUCAUUACCAGACAUAGUCGGAAUUAUACAUCGGCUGAGUGAUAAAUCGUAGCCAGAGCCUUGAAAGCAACUCUUGUGUUCAAUUUCAAAAUUGUAUCGUCGGUUCUUUCAUGUCCAUGCAUCUCCUCAAUUUAAUGUUCUUUCCCAGUGUUUGGGCCAACACUGCAGCAUUCUACUCUGGUUGGAGUGUCAGCAUUGAUGUGCUCAGCCUCUGACAUGAGAGUUGAAUCUAUUGGUUUCUGACUUGAAGGUGGAAGUGAUGCCACUGAACCACAAAUUAUUUCCUUUUAUAAAUCGAAUUGUGGGCAAUGUACCCAUGAUGUGACUUCCCUGAUUCAGUCAGAGACUUUUGUCUCUGAGCCAUAAGAUUCACAUCACUCUCUGGAAGACUUGAGCAUAAAAUGUAGGCUGAUAUUCCAAAUACAACACUAAGGGAAUGCUGCACUGUCAUAGGUGCCACCUUUUGAAUGAGACAUUUAAACACAUCUGUUCCCCCAGGUGGUUGCAGAAGAUCUCUAGCUUUAUUUCCUGAAGAACCCUGACAUUCUGGCCAAUGGCCAUUCCUCAAUCAGCAUAACAAAACAUGCAGAUUAUCUCAUCAUUAUAAUAUUGUGCUUUUUGGUGCUUGCUAUGUGGCCUAUUCCCUAUUUUACAAUGGUGACUACAUUAUGCAAGAGCAUUAGGAGAUCUUAAGGUUGUCAAAGGUGUUGACAAGAUGGUCCCCAGUUGCACAAAUGUAAAAAAUCAAUCUUUUGUACCUGGCAAAAUUCAAAAUAAAAGCCCAAAAUAUUGCCUAAAAUCCCAUAAAUUACCAGUAAUUGAAAUUCAAAAUAUCUCCUGACCACUCUGCAAACAUAUAAGUAUUUUGAAUAGCCGGUUGUCACAGGCAAAGGGGCAAUGGCUCUGAACUUAUGUGAUGAUUGUUUCUCUCUUAAGUCUGAGACAGUGAGGCAUUGUUUCAUUUACUCUUGUCCCUCUUUCAUUCCAGCCUCUCACUGAGAUAAGUCAAAAGGUGUUUCCAAAUCCUGUUUAUCUGACCUGAAUUUUCAAGUAAACUCACCACUGAAAUCUUUAAAAUAAAAUCAAAGAUAAUGUUUAUGAACAAAACAUAUAGAGCACAGGGAAUUGCUUCACGACUCCACACGUACACAUAAGCACUCAGGAAAUUAAGAGAGACAGGACAGAUGAUGGGAUAUAAAUGAAAAGUUUUAGUAAACUGAGAGGUACUAAAAUCAGUUCACGUGAUUUUCAACUUCCUGACGGUCAGAGUCUAAUAAUAACUUCCUCGAUGAGCUGUGUCCAGUAGCUUUUCACUUUGCAGGCAAAGUAUAGGUUUCCUUCCAGUCAGCAGCCUGGAGACAGGGAUGGAGAGUUUGAGGUUGGCAGCCAGCUCAACCUUGGGUGUUGAUCUCCCUCUGGAGGUCAAAUACCAACUGACUGGCUUCCAUUGCGAGGUGGCCUAAAUAAAGCAUUAGUCUCAUUUUAGCAUAAUUUGUCUUAAGGUUUCUCAUUUGUCCAGAGCUUGCUGGAAGCAGACAGCUCAUCUCCAAGUCCUCUAUCAGCUUUAGCAGAAAUAUCUAUGCAAAGCAAGGUGCUCAGAAGCUUUUGAAAACACAAGCAUGUCUUCUGAGUCCAGCAAAAUGGUCAACUUUUAAAUGAAACAGAUAUUGAACAUAAACAUUUCAAAGAGAAUUGAGUUUUGUUUGGGGUUUCUCUUUGUGUUCUCUGGUCGUGACACAAUGCAAUUAAAUCAGUAUCUCAAAUGAUCUUACCUUACAAAACAUCUAAUAAUCUCAACCUUGAAUUUUCCAUUGGCUCCUAUGUCUGAAGAAUAUUGACCAAGAUUUUGCAAUUGUAAUAACAAUGAAACUUCAACAUUUGACCUCAUCAUCACUCCUCUAAAACUGGAGACCACAAUUAUAGAUGGAAAUGCCGAACUUGCUGUCAGUGAUUCCAUGUUUCUCACUAGGAUUCAUGGAACAUCUCCUCCCAGACUGAGUCUGUGGUCAGUAAAAAGUACAGAAGGAAUGAAAAUUUGCCCUUCUAUUCAUCUUUUUGUAAAACUCAUUGAAUAACAUCAGCUGGGCCUUAAAAAAAUUAAGUUCAUAAUUAUUUAUGAAAAAUCUCUGGCUCUGGAAACCUACAUUUUUAUUUGUGGAAUA